AUGUCGAAAAGUAUUUAUGAUCGUCAAUUAGAUACGAUUUUAUUUAAACGUUUACAUGCAACUAAUUUUACUCUUGCACCAAAACGAUAUGUUAAAAUCUUAGGACCGGGUACUUAUAAUCCAAUGACAAUAGAUGAAAUCUACAAACAAAAAUCAUGUAGUAAAUAUGGCCCUUAUUAUCAACAAUCAAAACGUUUUACAACAAAAAAUCAUAAAUCAAAACAUUUAUGUAAUUCUCAAAGUAUGAUCUAUAGUUUAAGUAAUAUUCCUGAUGAAUUACAAAGAAAACAUGAUUUUGAAAGACGUUAUAAUUCUAUAAGGCUUGAUCGGCAAAGUAAUGAUCUAUGUCGUAAACGAAAACAAUUCAUACCUCGUGCUCCACCAGUGACUUUAUAUGAAAAAACAAAUUUUGCAGAUGAACUUCAACGAAUCUAUGGACCUUAUGUAAAACUAGCAAAAGAUCGUCAUAUCGAAUUUCCCGAUUGGUACAAAGGGCCUACUCAUUUUCAAGAUAAAUCAAUACUUGAAUAUCUUUUCUCAAAAUCUAAUCGAUAUAAAGGCAAAUUUCUACCAAUUCCUUCGAAUUUGAAUACUAAUGAAAUUCAAUUAAAAACUUCUCCUGGACCAACGACUUAUUUUAAAGAUCAAAUUUCUCAGAAAAAAUCUUCUCAUAUCAAUCGCGAAAAAAAUCCGUUGUUUGGUUUUCUUUCGUCAACAGAACGAUUUCAUGAAAUAAAACCAUCAUUCUCACAUCUAGGUCCAGUUUCAUAUAAAUCUAAUUUAUGUCAUCAAUUAUGUACAAAAAAGAAACAAUUAAACACAAAUUUUUGA